GAACGAUUAUGGUUAAAAUAAAUUACACUGCUGCCAUUCUUGGGGCAUUGAAGAAGGAGGAAAUACUUAAGAUUGGCUUAAAAGAAGCUGAUCAAGACAUCUUCGAGCGUAUUAUUGAGAAUAUAAAUACUCAAUUAUCAGCAACUGCAGCGUUAAUAGCAGAAAAAAAACAGCCGACGGCCAGUUGUUACUACCGGCGACGCGAAAAAAACCGCCAGCGGCAAGAAGAAAACCUUCGGCGGCAGGAAGAAAACCGCCGUCGGCAGGAAGAAAGCCUCCGGCGGCAGAAUGAAAACCGCCGUCGACAGGAAGAAAACCGUCGUCGGCAGAAAGAAAACAAUGAAAAAAAACGUAAACCACCUGCAGAUAUGCUAUACAUUCUGUUAGUAUGCACUCAUAAACCGCCUAAAGGUAUGCUACAUGAUUAA